AGGUGUAAACGACAUCCUCUGGACUUUUCAUACAAUAUAUAAUGCGAGAGACAGAUUCGAAUGUUCCCCUCUUCGUUCCUUCCCAAAGAGGUGGAAAGGAGGAUAAUAAAUACGGGAAUGGAAGGAGGGCUAAUAAUAAUAUCUACCCUUUCAUCAGUGCCCUUAGUAUGACCGGUGGAGAUGGAGAAAACAGCUAUGCUUGCAACUCUCUUCUUCAGAGAAAAGUUAUAGAGAAAUCGAGACAAGUGCGGGUGAAGAACACGAAAGAAAUGCUAAUCGGAUUAGAUUUUCCGCCGUGCAUCAAAGCGGCCGACUUGGGUUGCUCCUCAGGGCAAAACACGUUCUUGGGCAUGUCCGAAAUCGUAAACACCGUCAAUGCGUUGUGCCUGGAGAAGGGUCGAGACCCACCGGAAAUCGAGUUUUGUCUGAACGAUCUCCCCGAGAACGACUUCAACACGACGUUCAAGUUUGCAAGUUUCUUCCGAAAAGCGAGCAAAGGGUCGUCGUGCUUUGUUUCGGGAGUGCCAGGCUCCUUCUAUUCCAGGCUCUUUCCAAGCAAGAGUCUUCAUUUCGUGCAUUCCUCUUACAGUAUUCAUUUUCUUUCCGAGGUUCCGCGAGGGAUAAAGGACAACAAGGGGAGUGUGUUCAUAACGAGUUCUAGCCCUAAAACUGUAUACGAAGCUUACAUAAAUCAGUUCAGGAAGGAUUUCACGUUGUUUCUAAGGUUACGAUCCAAAGAGAUGGCAUCUAAUGGACGUAUGGUUCUUACGUUAAUCGGUAGAAAGGCUCGUCGUGAUCCUUUGUACAGAGACUGCUGCCACUUCUGGACUCUGCUAUCCAAAUCUCUUCUCGAUUUAGUCCGAGAGGGAAUUGUGAGAGAAGAAGAGAUGGAUUCAUUCAACAUGCCGUUUUACGAUCCGGACGAAGGGGAAAUGAAGGAGAUUAUACGUAACGAGGGCUCCUUCGAAAUGGGCGAAUUAGAAGCACAUGGAUUCGAUUUGGGGGAAAGCACGGAUGAUCAUACGCUAGGGAGAUGCAGGAGCGGAGAGAGAGAGGCGAGCUGCAUAAGAGCAGUGAGCGAACCGAUGCUGGUCGCUCAUUUCGGACAAGACAUUGUCGACCCACUGUUCGCAAAGUACGCACGCCAUGUCUCGAUGCAUUCCGACUGUCUUCACAAGACGACAGUCACUCUCGUCCUUUCUUUGGUUAGGAAAUAAUUGAAGUUUGUUGUGAUAACGGGGGACCCAAAUGCUACUGGCUAUUGCAUCAGCAAUUUAAUGACGUGUGCGUGCGUGCGUGCAUGCAUGCUACUUUAUCCAAUUAUUUAAGUUGUGAUUGAUGGCUACGCGUGUGGAAUUUGAAAAAGAUCGAAAGGUAACAAUUGAGAUUUGGAAACAAGGGAGUUGGAAUUACCGGUGGUGGGUCUUACUACACAAUCAUCUAUAAGAGAAACACGAAUGGGAGAUGGUUGGGGACAGAAAGUGUGUGACAGCCAAAACCGUGUACGUAUUUGGUAAUCAAUCUUGUCUGAUGUCUACCAAUUCAAGACAACCGUGAGCUUUGGACCACAUUGUAAUAAUAGUAUGACAAUAAAAUAUAAAAAAGAGGGUGUGAAAGAUAUUUUCUUCGUGCGGUGGUGAAAGAAACAUGUUUUUUGCAGAUACCUCGGAAGCUACUUGUACGAAACGGAAGAUAUUAAGGGUCUACCUUUUAGUGGUAUAACGCUUACUCCUGUGAUAAUUAUAUUGAAGCACAGAAUUGAUUUUUUA